AUGAAGAAUUCGACGAGGAUGAUCUUAUUCCUCUGGAAUUAUUGGAGUUUGGCAUACCUAGAUGAAUUUACGAACGACAAGAAUAUUUCCGGACGAUGGAACGCUCCACGUUCAGAAAACGGUUCAGGUUACCAAAGAAUACUGUCCUCACUGUGCUUGAAGAGAUUAGAGACAAGUUGGAAGUACCUCUGGAUUUGUAUGUACACUUUUCACGGUGGGCUGCACUUUUUUAACAUAAUUGUGGCUAUGGCAGUGCUACAUAAUAUAGUUAUUGCUGAUGGAGAUGAGAAUAGAGAUGAGAAUAUGCCACCUUUUUCAGAUGAGUUGGAUCCCCAUACAUUCAAAAAACUUCUGGAAAGAGAUGAAAUAACAAACAUCAACAUAGAUGUUUCAUCACUUCCAGCAUCCACAACGAGAACGUUAAUCAUCAAUGGGUACUUUCAGAAUUUGUAA